UGAAAUAAAAGCAACGCGGAGUAAAUAACAAAGUAUUUAAAAUGGAUGAAGAACCGUUACUCGAUAUAAACAUUGACUGUGUGAAUGUGGCAUUUUCCUGACUGGAAGGAAGGAUCGAAGAGCACUGUAUCAUGCCGUUUUUUUUUUUUUUUUUUGAGCACGUUGCUGUUGUGUUAUUUUCACGUUUUCAGGUUUGUUUGUAAAUUGAAACAAACCCUUUGAAUCCCAAAUCUAAUACUCCAACUAUGCAGGCUGCAGUGGGGUUUUCAGUUUCAGUUUCAGUUUCAGUUUGUUGCAAUUCCAAAUGCUCAAUCAAUGCUUCUUCUCCUCAUCCACCCUUGUUCAUUCCCAUCCCCUCCAAUUUUAAUUCUGCCUUUUCCAAACCACUUAUUAUACACACACACUCUCCGAAAAGUAACAGCUAUGUUGUUCGUGCUCAAAACAAUCAUCAUCAAGAUAAUGAUGAUGGAUUUUAUAUGAGAAAAAGUGUUGAGCUAGCUAGAAAAGGUUUGGGGUAUACCAGUCCCAAUCCAUUAGUUGGAUGUGUUAUUGUCAAACAUGGAAAUAUUGUUGGUCAAGGUUUUCAUCCUAAACCCGGCCAACCUCAUGCCGAGGUUUUUGCUCUGAGAGAUGCCGGUGAUUUGUCUGAGAAUGCAACAGCAUAUGUCAGCUUAGAGCCUUGUAAUCAUUUUGGGAGGACUCCACCUUGCACUGAAGCUCUCAUCAAAGCCAAAAUUAAAAAGGUUGUUAUUGGGAUGGUGGAUCCAAAUCCUAUUGUUGCCUCCAAAGGGGUGGAUAGAUUGAGAGAUGCCGGAAUUGAAGUUGUUGUUGGUGUCGAGGAAGAAUUGUGCAAGAGCCUCAAUGAGGCAUAUAUUCAUCACAUGUUGACCGGAAAGCCUCUGCUUACUUUGAGGUAUUCUCUUUCUGUCAACGGGAACUUGUUGGACUCCCUUGGGAAUGGAGUUACAGACUCUGGUGGAUACUAUUCGAGGCUGUUACAAGAAUAUGAUGCUGUUAUUUUGUCUUCUUCCUUAUUUCGUGAAAAUUUGUCAGCAAACCCAGUACCCACAUCUAAAGAACCUGGAGCAAAUCAACCUAUUCGGAUUAUAAUGCAUAAAGAUUCUGGUUCUUCAAAUCCAAUUCCAUUAGUCAUCAAUGAAGUUACUGAUAAAGCGAUAAUCUUUACAAAUUGUAGAACAGCAACAACUCCAGAAGAAGCUCAACAAGGAAUUGAAAUUGUAUCUAUGGAUCAAAUAAAUCUGGAUGUGAUCUUGGAUUAUUGUAAUCGUCAAGGAUUGUGCAGUGUCCUGUUAGAUGUGAGAGGGAAUUUCAGUGAAUAUGAAGACCUUGUCAAGGAAGGUAUUAAGAAGAAGUAUAUUAAUAAAUUUGUGACAGAAGUUUUGCCAGUUUGGAAUGGAUGUACUAAGAAUGAUCCUCUACUGCCAUUGAAGAACUUAGAUCAAGGAGUAAAAGUGGAAAAUUUACGUCCCAUGGCCUCGGCUCAAAGUGUUGUAAUUGAGGGAUAUUUAAAUUUUGAAUAAUUGGAUUCAUUUGUCUUUCAAGGGCUUUAUGUGCUCAUGUAGACUAAAAAUUAAAGGCAUUUUUAUUCUUCCAUUUUGCCUGGUGGAAACUUAGAGGGUAUUAUUCUAUAAACAAUUAUCUUUUUCUUACAUUUAUUUGGUACCACAUUUUUCUGAGUUGGAAGUUGUUGUUUGUGUGCCACGUUUCAUGUGGAUUCUAAACUGUGGAUGUGAGCAAUAUGAUUCGAUCAAGAUUCUGCAA